UUCAUUCUAAACCUUUCAAGGCACUUUCAUUCAUAUAGCUCAAGCUUCAUUUCAUUGAAAGCUUGUUAGGUACCUGCACUUCCAUUCCAUGCGUAGUUUUUUUUCUUUUCUUUUUAGUGUAGACUUGAUUCAUUUCACUCAACUUUUGUUGAUUCGGAGAAAAUUGAAGAAGAAAUGCACAAAUCCAUAUUAAAGAUAAUAAAUAAAAGAGAAGCCAAGUUGAAAAUGGGAGAAGUAGAUGGAUAUGGAAAUGAUUUUCUUGGAUCACUCAUUGUAGCUUAUCACGAAAAUAAAAGAAUUACUCUUGAAGAUCUCAUAGAUGAAUGCAAAACUUUCUACGAUGCUGGUCAUGAAACCGCCACAGCUUUACUUACAUGGACAUGUUUAUUACUAGCCACUCACGCAGAUUGGCAAGAAAAGGCCAGAAAUGAAGUAAUUGAGUUGCUAAAAGAAGAUCAAAGUCAAAAUCUUCCUACUUAUGAAAACAUCCUACCAAAACUAAAAACUAUGAAUAUGAUCAUAAAUGAAACAUUACGCCUUUAGCACCUCACCAUGAC